AUGGGUAGAAAACGAAAAGCUGCUUUGGAAGAGGAUGCUCAUCCCAAAGGGAAGGGCAAAGCCAGAGUAGAGCCCCGUGUGGAGGAACAGCACAGCCCGUUGUUUUUGACUUUGGUGAAGAAGUUUGCUCUCGGCAAGAUUUCAGCCCCGGAGGUACAGGAAAUCGCCGAUGCGGCGGUUAAAUCAGGGUCGGAUGCUCCUGAUCUCACGAAGCUGCAGGUGCUGGGAGCCCAUGGGAAUUGGAACAAUAGUAUUCACAGGGACCUGAUGAGGACUUUGACCCGUGAUGGUACGAAAGCGCCAACACUCCGGGAAAUUUGCACACCUUGUGUGGUGACAGAUUCAUCUGGAGAGAAAGCCGUCAAAGAGAAGAACAUUCCAAUCAUGCUGCCGCAUGAAUGGGUCCAGGGUGGCCUUCUGGAAAGCUUGACAGCUUCCCCUGGAGACUUGAGAAAGUUCUGGUCACAACAACGCUGGGACAGCAAGCAGUUCCGACGACAAGCAGACUUUUUCAAUUCGCUGGAUUGGGAGCAAGAUUUGCCGAUCCCAUGGGUUCUCCACGGGGAUGCCGCCCCGUAUACUGAGGUGGAUUCGCUACAGGUUGUCAGUUUUCGCUGUAUGAUUACAUCCAAGAAAGUUGCUUGCUCUGAGUUUUUGCUCGCUGUGAUGCCGAAGCACGGUGCCGACCAGAAUACCUGGACCAAGCUGUGGGAUGAAAUCGCUGAUUCUUUUGUCAAGUUGGCUAAAGGCAAAUCUGGCAAAACAUCUUUGCGAAAGGGUAUCAUCAUGAGCAUCUCCGGCGACCUUGAAUGGUUCAGUGCUGAGUUUGGUUGGCCAACAGCUUCAUCCAACUUUCCAUGCCCAUAUUGUGGUGCUGACAAUUUGUUUGAUGAGGCGAAAUCGGUGGCACCGUUUACAGAUAUGAGGGCAACAGCCGCAUGGCGAGGCAUGCUUCGUGAUCCUGAUGAAACAGAGAUGAAGCCACAUGCUUUGUGGCGAGUGCCAGCGGUUUCGUUUUGGACAAUGAAAUUGGAUCUGCUGCACAUGGCAGACCUGGGGCACAGACUGCCCAAGCUCAACAAGACUGACAUUGUCACUCCGAAAGGUUAUCCCGUGCUCAAACACAUCAAGGGUCGCAAAGUACGUCAUUUCGCUGGGGUAGCCGUGGCAAUGGCCAAACUUUACAGCAAAAGCAAAAAGGGCCAGCACAGGCUUGCACUAUGCCAAGCCGCCGAAACGUUUUACAACAUUUGCGAUCGGCCAGAGUGGGUGUAUGAUGACCGAACACACAGACAGCUGGAGAGAUGCAUCGCAGCUUUGCUUUCGCACUACGGUUGGCUGGCCAAAAACGCCAUGCAGCUUGGGGUCAUGCAAUAUUCGAUCGUUCAAAAGCAUCACCUGUUGGCCCACUACAGUGACCAGUGCUGGUCCAUGUCUCCACGCUGUUGUUGGGCUUACGGCCCGGAGUCGUUUAUGGGUAUAGUGAAAAGGAUCGCCGUGGCAUGCUGUCGAGGUACUCCCGCACACAUGCAACCGAAGAAAAUUUUGCAGAAGUUUUCGUUGUCCUUUGACCUGCUCUUAAAGGGCUGGCUGCAGUUGGAUGCCGAGAAGGAUGACGAGACCGAGUGA